UUGCAAGCCGGUUCCGAGGAAUGGCCGCCCUGGGCCGCCCUGCAUAUCGUCCCCGCCUCGUCUUGCCCGACCGACCGGGUUUUGUAGCUUGAUCUGGCAGUGCGCUGCUCGGCUCUGCCCUGCCCUGCCCUUCCUGCGACCGCCUCCGUCGGAAUCUCACAGCACCGUGCAGGUCUGCUCGCCGCCCAAGAUGUCCUCGAGCACCAAGAACCAAACCCAGCGCCCCACAAAAAUGACCCCGACACAGGGGUUUGUCUUUGGCGGCAUCUCGUGCAUGACCGCAGCCUUGGUCACCAACCCCGUCGACGUCAUCAAGACUCGGCUGCAGCUGCAAGGGCAGCUCGCCGCUGCCCACGAUGCCCCAAAGUACAAUGGCUUUCUCCGGGGCAUGCUGACGAUCGUGACCGAAGAGGGACCCCGAGGUCUCUACAAGGGCAUCUCGGCAUCGCUCCUUCGCGAGGGCACGUACUCGACGUUGCGCAUGGGGCUGUAUCAGCCCAUCAAGGACGCCCUCAAGACCCCAGGAGAGACGCAUGAGCUGCUGUGGAAGAAGGUCGUCGCGGCCGCAUCUUCGGGCGCCAUCGGCUCGGCAAUCACCAACCCCGUCGACCUGAUCAAGAUCCGGAUGCAGGCCCGCGGCGAUCAGCAGGUUCCCUACAAGAACAUCAUCGAUGCAUUCCGAACCAUCGCCCGUAACGAAGGACUCGGAGGGCUGUACAAGGGCGUGGGCCCGAAUGUCCAGCGCGCAGCGGUGCUGACGGCAUCCCAACUACCCAGCUACGACCACUCCAAGAAAGUCCUCAUCGGCUCUGGACUGGUGCAGGAGGGCAUCGUUGCCCACGUCAUCUGCUCGAUGUUUGCUGGAUUGGUUGCAGCGACAUUCACAUCGCCCUUUGACCUCGUCAAAUCCCGCUACAUGAACCAGCGCAAAGCCUCGGGCCCCUCCGGCACACCGGGUGCUAUCUUGUACAAGUCGCCCUUGGACUGCUUCGUCAAGACGGUCCAAAACGAAGGCGUGCGCGGCCUCUUCAAGGGCUGGCUGCCGAACUGGAUGCGAAUCGGCCCUCACACCAUCGUGACCUUCAUGGUGAUGGAGCAGCUCCGAAGGCUGGUGGGCGUCGAGCCGAUUUGAGAGAUGUGCAUGGUUGGGACGGCUCGCUCGAUUGUUCUGUGUAGUUUUCUUUUAUGGGAGAGGGAGGAAGGGAGGGGGUGAAGUUUGGCUAUAUUUUUGAAGAUGGCUUUGAUUUCUCCACUGUGGCUCCCCUUCGCCUCCUCAGCAAGUCUAUAUACACCCAAGAUGGACCGCUCUCGACCACCAAAAGUACUUCUCCCAUCCCCACUGUUGUCCGUCCACUCUGGGUCAAUUGCUCUCUGGACCCACAAAUACACUCGUCUUUAUCCUA